GAGCGGCCGGGCGCAUGCGCGCAGCGGCCCCGCCGCCUCCGCCGCCGUCGCCCUCGUGCCGUUGCGCCGGGAGGGCGGCGAGCGGCUGCUGGGGCUGCGCAGCGCCCGGAGCCCCCGCCAGGGAGCGGCGCCGCCGCCCGGCCUCCUCGUGCCCCGCCGCUGCUGCUGCCGCCGCCGCUCCUCCUCCUCCUCCUCCUCGCCCUCGCCCUCCUCCUCCCCCCGCCCCCCCCCUCCUCCCGCCGUAGCGAGCGAGCGAGAUGGCGGCCGCCGGGGCUGUGGCGAAGCACGAGCAGAUCCUGGUGCUCGAUCCGCCCACCGACCUCAAAUUCAAAGGUCCCUUUACAGACGUAGUAACUACAAAUCUUAAGCUACGAAAUCCAUCAGAUAGGAAAGUAUGCUUCAAAGUGAAGACCACAGCGCCUCGUCGAUACUGUGUGAGGCCAAACAGUGGAAUUAUUGACCCAGGAUCAUCUGUAAUUGUUUCAGUAAUGCUGCAACCUUUUGACUAUGACCCAAACGAGAAGAGUAAACACAAGUUUAUGGUACAAACGAUCUAUGCACCACCAAAUAUUUCAGAUAUGGAGGCAGUGUGGAAAGAAGCAAAGCCCGAUGAGCUAAUGGACUCCAAAUUGAGAUGUGUGUUUGAAAUGCCCAACGAAAAUGAUAAACUGAAUGAUAUAGAUGCAAGCAAACCCGCUCCAGUACAGAAUGCAUCUAAGCAGGAUGGACCGAUGCCAAAACCACAUAGUGUUUCACUUAAUGAUACUGAAACAAGGAAGCUAGUGGAAGAGUGCAAAAGACUUCAGGCAGAGGUUAUGAAGCUGUCGGAAGAAAAUCGGCACCUGAGAGAUGAAGGCUUGAGGCUCAGAAAGGUAGCACACUCGGAUAAAUCUGGAUCACCCACAGCUUUGGCUCUCAGAGAUAAUGGCUCUAAUUCUCUUCCAUCACUUCUUGUUGUAAUUGCAGCCAUUUUCAUUGGAUUCUUUCUAGGGAAAUUCAUCUUGUAGAAAGAAUGAGUGAGAGAAGCAUGCAUGCAAAAUGCAGCUUCUUUUUUUUUUUUUUUCUUGGCCAGAAAAAAGAUUUGUUUACCUACCACUUCAUUGGUAGUAUGGCCCAAGUGACCAUUUUUGUGUACAGCAUCAUAACAGGCUUUGCCUUUAAUGAUCUCGCACGGUUAGAAAACACAAUCUAAAAAGACAAACUGUUCGGCUACUGGACAAAAUUGUACAUUAAGUCAUCAAUAGCAAGUGUCAGUUGCACAGUCAGUCCUUUAUGAAAAUUCAUAAAUAAAGAAUUGUUCUUUCUUUCUGUGGUUUUAAUAAGAGUUCAAAGAUUGUUCAGAGUCUUGUAAAUGUUAUUUUAAUAAUCCUUAAAAAUUUUAUCUGUUGCUGUUACCUCUUGAAAAAUGAUUUAUUAGAUUGCUAAUCCCACUCAUUCAGGAAUAUGACAAGAGGUAUUCUGGGGGAAAUGGUGCCUCUUACUGUGUAAAUUUUCUCCUUACAUUACUUUGCUAAUAUCAUGGCAGAAUUUCUUUCUUAUCCCUCAUGAGGCAUUGUUGAGAGUUCUUCAUCCUUACAAUCCUGUCCCAUAAUAUUUAACAUUACAAAAGAAAUAAAAUUGUUAACAGA